AUGAAUACGUCACAAGAACGGUUUGAACAGAAGUUUCUUCAACUGCUGAUCGAAUCUGAUGAAAAAAGCGAAGAUAUGAACAGGAAAAAUCCGCAGACGAAUCGCAACUACAAGAUGAGGAUCCUGACUUUGAAAGUAUAUCGGAUUCUGGUGAUGAAUCUAAAAUGCCCUGGUCAACAACUACAUCAACUCAUGACCGAUGGAUUUUCACAGGAGAGUAUGGACCGGCCGCCCACGUUUUUGGUUGCAGCCAUCCUGUCGACCUCUACAAUCUGUUUUUUGAAGCUGAAAUGA